AUGGACCUGCCCCCGCAGCUCUCCUUUGCCCUUUAUGUGGCCGCCUUCGCACUGGGCUUCCCACUCAAUGUCCUGGCCAUUGGGGGCGCCGUGGCCCACGCCCGGCUCCGCCUCACUCCCAGCCUUGUCUAUGCCCUCCACCUGGGCUGCUCAGACCUAUUGCUGGCGGCUUCUCUUCCCCUGAAGGCGGUGGAGGCCCUGGCUGCGGGAGCCUGGCCUCUGCCUGCCCCACUCUGUCCUGCCUUUGCCCUGGCCCACUUUGCACCACUCUAUGCGGGUGGCGGCUUCCUGGCUGCCCUGAGUGCUGGCCGUUACCUAGGAGCCGCCUUCCCCUUGGGCUACCAAGCUGUUAGGAGGCCCUGCUAUUCCUGGGGCGUGUGUGUGGCCAUAUGGGCCCUUGUCCUCUGCCACCUGGGGCUGGUCUUUGGGUUGGAGGCUCCCGGAGGCUGGAUGGACAAUACCACCAGCUCCCUAGGCAUCAACACACCAGUCAAUGGCUCUCCAGUCUGCCUGGAGGCCUGGGACCCAGCCUCAGCAGGCCCUGCUCGCCUCAGCCUCUCUCUCCUGCUCUUCUUUCUGCCCCUGACCAUCACAGCCUUCUGCUACGUGGGCUGCCUCCGGGCACUGGCCAGCUCAGGCCUGAGUCACAGACGGAAACUAAGAGCAGCGUGGGUGGCUGGCGGGGCACUGCUCACACUGCUGCUCUGCUUGGGACCCUACAAUGCCUCCAAUGUGGCUGGCUUCUUGCACCCCGACAUGGGAGGCCGCUGGAGGAAGCUGGGGCUCCUCACAGGUGCUUGGAGCGUGGUGCUCAACCCAUUGGUGACCGGCUACUUGGGAAGGGGGAUUGGCCGGGGGACAUCAUGUGGGACAAGAAUCAAAGGGGGUACAUCUCAGAAGUAG